GGCCCUGCCUCUCCCUCCUGCCGCAGCUCCUGCCCUCGCUCCCGGCCGGCGCUGCGCUGGGGCUGCCGGCGGCAUGGCGGAGUCCCAGGUGCUSCUGCUGGACGAGCUGCACGUCAACGAAAAGGUGACAGAGGCCCAGGCCCGCUUCUACUACAGCGAGGAGCAGCGCCGAGCCCUGGAGGCGCUGGUGACCCGCGGCGAGGCCGCGUACCGGGAGGCGCUGAGGAAGGAGCAGCUCCGCGAUUUCCUCUCCGGCCGGGAGCUGCAGGACCUGAGGGGCGGCUGGCGGGGCUACGACGACCCCCGUGAGGGCGGCAAGGUGGCGCGGGGGCCCGGCGGCGAGACCCUCUCGCUGGCCUACUGGCCCGAGUGCUCGGACACCGAGGUGCCCCCGCUGGACUUGGGCUGGACCGACAAGACCUUCUACCGCGGCAUCAGCCGGGUGUCCCUCUUCACGCACCCGCGCAAGGAGGAGAGCGCGCCGCACCUGAAGGAGGUGGUGCGGGAGAUGAUCCAGCAGGCGCAGAAGAUUAUUGCAGUGGUCAUGGAUGUGUUUACAGACCGGGACAUCUUCCGCGAUAUUGUUGAAGCGGCAUACAAGCGCUGGAUCCCAGUCUAUAUAAUCCUAGAUGAGGAAGGUGCGAAGCUUUUCCUGGAAAUGUGCAGAUGUCUUGACCUCAGUGACAUGCAGAUUCGGAAUAUCCGCAUACGUUCUGUGACAGGAGUCGGGUUCUACAUGCCAUCAGGGAAGAUCAGAGGCACACUGGCAUCCCGAUUCCUGAUGGUGGACGGUGAAAAGGUGGCCACUGGAUCAUACAGCUUCACAUGGACUUCAUCCCACAUUGACAGAAACAUCCUACUGGUCUUGACAGGACAGCACGUGGAGAUGUUUGACAUUGAGUUUCGUGAGCUCUAUGCCAUCUCAGAGGAAGUUAAUUUAUACAAGGAGCUGGGUAUUGCUAACCCAUUCCAUCUUGGAAUUGGGAAGCCAGGCCUUCAUUCCUCCACUGUGGCUCGGAAGUUCAUUAACCCCAAGUAUGGUUUAGUUGCAGGAGCAACUCGUGGUGAUAUAAUGCUCUGGGCUUCACGACACAGGCAAGAUAAUCAAGGAAACACGGAAAAGGAGGAAACAAGUGAGUCAAAGAAAAGGUUAAAUCAGUUCCUGAAUGACUUAGUCACAUUGGAGCAAGUGUUUCCAGAAAUAGAUCCACCUCUGGAGAACGUGAACAAGCUGAAUCGGAGCCCCCAGAAACUGUUGUCCCGGCUCCACAUGGAUCUGAAAAAUAAAUCCAAAUCCAGAGAGUCUAUUCGUGACAUAAAGAAAGAAGAUGCACAGACCAAUGCAAAGCAAGGAAAACGGUUUGCCAGUGGGCUUUUCAGUCGCAAGGCCAAACGGUCUCCGGGCUCAAGCAUUGAGGCCAAUUCUUUUGCCAGCGAAGGACAUUCAGGAGAAGACCUAGGGAACAUGAAACUGGAAUAUGAGAGGCUCAGCAUUGGCCAUGCUAGUGUUCGGAGCACUGGAGGCAACUCAGGUAACCUGAAUCCAAACUCCACUAUGAGUGAUAAAAACAAACAAUCCACCUGUGUGUUAUCUUGAUUGGGAAGGAUUGGCUGGAGAACUAAAGACUGAACAAGCUGGAACAGUAAAUUCUUGAUUGAUUUUGAACCUACAGCCAUAUCCUCAUGCAGUGAUCUGUAAAGCCACUGCAGGUCCUGGAUGCAUCUGGCACCCCCAGCUAAAGCACAUUUACUGGGUGAAGAGCAGACUUUGGAUGGUUGGUCCCUUAAAUGAGGGUUAGUGAUGAAUGUAUUAGUCCAUAUGUCCAUGUGCACAUAUAUUUUAUGUGUAAAAACAACUGUGAUGACAGGUCUCAGAGCUUGCUCUGUGUCCAGCAGAAUGCAGGAGAUUUUCUGACUUCUUUGUGCUGCUACUUCAGUCUGUCUAGCUACRGACUUGGAAUCGCUGUGUUGCAUUGUUUACUGUACUGCAAAAAUGUAUUGAUCUGACUGGCUGGAAGGCUGAAUCCAAUUGAAGCGGCAAAUUCUGGGUGAAAUAAGGAUGUUUACAGACAGUGUAGAAAUCCUUUGUCCAUAAGAAGCCUUCCUGUAGAUUCUUGUUGUUACUUACCYACUCAGAAAUGAGUAGUCUGGGAGGAGGGUUUAACUAAAAGUGGCCAACAGAUCAGUACCUCAACUGUUUAAUGUCUCAAAUGUAGCAGUYGAACAAAGUGAUUUAGCAAGAAUGUGAGAAAGAGAAAACAAUGAAAUAUAGGGGAAUGUUUAAUGUGCAGUUGAGACUGGAUCAGGAGAAAUGCCUAAUAAAGGGGACUGGGCAGGAUCUGGGAGCAAUAAUGCAGUGACUCAUUAAAUCCUUUGUUGCUAAUUCAGCAAUACUUUCCCCAUUCAUGGAAACUGAAUGAUUAAGGARCACAUCGUUGAGGAUUGAAAGUAGAAGUAGAGGAGGCACACAAGCUUUUCAAAUGUCUUUUUUUUAAAGUUAACCUUUGCAAAAGUCUAAAUCAUGCUAAAAUUGAGGGCUUUGAUCCAUAAGUAGCAUUAUGUGCAAUCAGACCACAGGCCAUCUGAUCUGCAGUUCUGCCUGAGAGCAGCCUGUAACAGGUGAUCACAGAGGCAUAAAAUACAAAGCUUGCAUGUACAGAGGUCUUUGGACUUUCUGAACUUUCUAGCAGUUCCUUCUGGACCUGGCCUUAAGGAAUGCACUUAAUCCCUUUCUGAAAAACCUUUUUUACGUUUUGCCUCCAAAGUGUUCUAUGGUAACAAACCAUAAAUUCAUUGUGUGGUACGAAAAAGAACUGCUGUCAGGAUAUUUUAAUGGUUUUCUUGAUGAUUUCCUUGAGUGACCGUAAUUCUUUCACUGUCAGACAAGACAGUCUCCUUGUUAUUUUACACACCUAUAUCAUAUACGUCCUCAGUCACAACUUUUUUCAAGUUGCAAAUUCACAGUACUCAUAGCUACCAUCUAUGGAUCUGACUGGCACUUCUGUCCUCUUGUUCAUUAUCCCUUUUCCAGUUCUGCUCACUAAGAGAAUGGAGAAACAGUUUGUGUUUGUCUCUACAAUGUGUAAAUUGACAUUUCACUGCACUUUCUUGCCACUUAAAUUACAUACUCUGUUGUCACAAGYGAGUCCUCUUGUGAUCCCUAAAAAAAUUAGAUCUUAAUUUUGCCAARAAAAAUUUCAAACAUCAGGAAAACACGAGUUUAGUUUUCUUGCUUUUUGUUUAAAGAAACCAUCUGGGUUUUUUAGUGCACAAUGAAUUCACAGUAAAGGCAACUGAUGCUCUCCCAACACAAAAAAAAGCUGAUCCAAGGACUCUUUUAGGUGCUGAGUUGCAGUAGUGGUUGUUACACUCAAACAGCUGUAGCUGAUGAUGAAAUGCAAUUCAAUUGGUUCACUGAUUAAUUAAUUGCCUUUACUUGAGGUAUAUUUAACUAGAUUGGCAAGCAGGUCUGUUUUACUCUCUUUACCCUGUAGAAUGUCUUGAGACACUAAAAUACCAAAGGUAUUGUGCCCUGUGUUAAACAUCUUCACUCAGUGGAUUAAAUGCUUGUUACUCUGUGUAAUAUUCUAUAUAGCCUUUUGGGAAUGAGCUGUAGUUUUAUAGCUGGGUUUGUCAGCUCAUAUUAUGAGCCGUGUUUCAUAAAAUUGUUCCUGGUAAUGGAGAAAAAAAAGAGGUGUUGGAAAUUACACCACCACUCGGAUGUAGAAGUAACUUGAUAGCUGAGUUAUCCUGUUGACCUUGUGUGUAGCUCAUGUGCCAAAAGCUACUCACUGUGUUUGUAGGAUUGUUGGAAGUGGUUUGAUUUUUGCCAUACUUUGCUUACUCUCCAGACAUUUGGGAGAAUUUUUUUCUUUCUUUGUAUUUAUUUCCCUUUGUUGGCAAAGAUCAGAUAUAAAUUUAUUAGGCUGAUGUUGUUCCACUUUUUGUUCUGGUAAGAACAGCGUCAUCUGGUGCUUCCUUGUCCUCCCAGGCUGUUACAAUAUUUAUUUUUUAAUUGUGCAAUAGGUUAAUUAAYUAAUUAGCACCGUGUUGAUAUAUAUGGUCAGGUUUUCCAGGAAGUCCUUUAUCUCCUUGUUACUUCAUCUUGGGUGAAGUGACUUCACAAAUAGUCCAAGAGGCUGAUUUCACUUGCUCUUCCUUUCCUUCUUGCUUACGCAUUAAUGUGCUUAACUUUCUCUUUCCUAUGGUGGAUGUCAGAGCUCUUGUCUGUAAACUCGUCAACUAACAGGAUCUCCAUUCCAGAAGUCUCUCAUCUGCUUGUCUUCUUUGUUGCCACACCAGUUCCUGAAUGGUAAUGUUCACUUAUUUUCAAAUYCUUUCCAUGGAAGUCAGUCUCAUGCCUUGACUCCAGGGGCUAGUARAAUUCCUUAGUCUUAUCACACGCUGCUUAAUUACUUAAUUCGAGAGAACAAACUUGCUUUUUUGCAUGAUAAAUAUCUGCUCCUUAAACUCAGCAUGACUGUGAGGAUGCAGGCAGCCUUGUUGAUCCAGAGUAGAGAUUUCAGGCUCUGGUGGAACUAGUUCUUCCCUGAAGAUAAAAUCUGCUGAACUUGAGCUAUUUACCUGCUCCUAUGGCAACAGAAGUGAGUCUGGGUGAGGUGAUCACAUUUAUUUGGACUAGUUUUUGCUAAUUGUGGUUCUUGAUCAGUGCUAGAAACCUGAGGCUGUGACCUGUAAAAUGAACCUUUCUUGCUCUCCAGAUAAAAUGUGCUGUGGGUCAGAGGGGCAAAGAGCAAUGCUUAGGAAUACCAUUGGAAGUCUGAGGAUCCCGUGAGGAUGCCUGUCCUCUGGAUCGCUUACCSUCUUUGGCUGACCUGUGUAGCGCACCAUGGGAGCUACAGCUGUGUCCUGGUUUUGGGCAGAAAGUAAUGAGCUGGGGCUCAUGAUUCUGCCUUUCUGGCCUGAGGUGGUGAGUGGUUCAGAAGGAGCCUCUUGGCUAAAUGUGUGCCUUCUGUAUCUCUUUUGAUAUGCAUUUGUAUAUUUAAUGUAUAUGUGUUCGGUUAAUUAUGCAGAAGACCUUUUCUAAGUCRAAUAAACUCUUUACUGUGUUACAUUUA